AUGUUGGGUAAGUCAGCCCCAACGAAUGCAGCUGUGCCUACAAGUGCACAGACCCCUGAGCAGUUGAUCGCAAGUGCCUUGAAUCAGGCCCUAGCUGGAGAGCGCAAGACGCUGCCUUCAUGGAAUGGUUCACCAUCGACUUUGAGAUCAUGGCUGAAGCUCAUUGCACUAUGGGAGUAUGAAUCAAAUGUCCCGGUUGAGAAGAGAGGCAUUAAGUUGCUACAGUCCUUUCCUGAAGGUUCCCAGCCAAGGAGAAUCGCUGACACGAUUCCAACUGAGGUGCUGCUCUCAGCCAAUGGCUAUGGAGCGAUCUUGGGUGCCCUUCACCAGAAGUACGCUCCGUUCUUGGAAGCCACUGCACCUCAGGCGAUCGACAAGUUCCUGUUCGAUGGAGAGAGACAGAAAGGUGAAAGCUUCACUUCCUACAUCGCGGCCAAGACACUGGCCAAGCAAGAAAUGGAACUGCAGCUUGGGGAGGUCAUCAAUGACCGACUAUGUGGCCGGAUCCUCUUGAAGCAUGCCAACUUGAACGACCUACAGAGAGAGAUGCUCCUGUUGAGAGGUCCCAUGCUUCGUCCAUUUGAUGAGAUCGCCAACCUUCUGCGACCUCUUGACCGACCAGAGAUGUUGGCCAGAGCUCAAGAGCCCUCCAGCUCAAGGAACUACAUGAUCACGUCCGACUACUAUCAGGACUACUACCCGGACAACCCUGAGAACGAGGAGGACAAUGAGACGGAAGGUGAUCCUAUGGAUCUUGAGAGUUGGCCACAUGAAGAUGGCGAUGAGUCCGCCUCUUGUGAUGAGAAUGGGAACUGCCUGUUCUACAUGGAGGAUCGUGAGUACCAGGAGACGGAGGCCAUUGAGCUCAAGGCUUAUCAUUUGGCCUACCGUGACGCCCGACGUGAGUUGCAGAAGCGCAAAACAGAAAGAGGCUAUGUGAAACAUGGUCGAGAUCCUGGUCGUUCCAAAGGAGGCAAGAAAGGAGUCCGACGACCUUUUGUCAAGGGUCGAGGCAAAGGAAAGUCCAAGAGGAAACAGUCAUCCAGUCGCUCAUGGAAAGGGAAUGAAGAAGACUUGGAGAGCAGGACACGCUGCUGGAACUGCAAUGAGCUUGGACACUUCGCUAAGAAUUGCCCUUUGUCUCAACGAGCUGAUGCCAGCAGCAGCCCUCCAAGACAGCAGUUUGUGGUUCACACUGGAGGACAAACAGCCCCUGGAGUACCUGCAAUGCAGUUCAUGAUGGCCAUGGGUUCUUCUUCAAGCAGUCCGCCACGCCGGCUGACGAUCUUUGCUGGUGUUCAGUGCUAUGCAGAUGAGGCCCUUGUUGACACCGCCGCUGAAGAGGCUGUGAUCGGCACUACGGCACUACAAGAGCUGGAGAAGAGCCUGAGGCAGAGGAACUUGAAGUGCAUCCCUGUGCAGGGAAACUCGCCACUUCCUUCAGCUGGAGGAGUUGGCGGAGAGGCCAAAGUUGUGAAGCAGCUGGAAGUGCCUGUUGGAGUCGCCCAGGUGAACGCGGUUUUGCGGUUCACCGUGUUGCAAGAUGAUGACCAGUUUCAGACUCCGCCACUUCUUCCAGUCAGCUUCUUGGAACACAUCGAGGACAUCUACGAGCUCGAGACGGAGGAGGACCGCAAGAAGCAUGUCAAGACCAAGAGCGCGGAUCCCGCUCAAUGGACUCUCAGGAUGCAGAUUGGCAAGCCCCUUUCAAGGUCAGUGGCACAAAAGACCUGGGCCAAGGAUCCAGACGAUUGCAAGCAUCCAGAAGAUCAACUUCGACACCGAGCUGGACGGGGACACUUUUGGUACACCUGUCUCGGAUGUGGCUCACGCUGGGAACGUCUCAGUCAACCAGCGGAAGCAACCUCAUCAAGCUCUUCUACGCAGAUCGUCCAACCAAUCGAGAAGAAGAACAACCCACAGGGGUAUCCGAAGAAGCUUCCAGCACCACGUUACCGUGCGGAUCUGGGAGAUUUUCACAUCAACGUGCAGCUGAAGGAGAAGGAGACGGUGCCACAGCUGACACAAGGUCCAAUCCCACCGACAGUGACACGACGUGGCGUGGAGGAGAUGGAAGGUUUGGUCCCAGUACGGCGUGCCAAGUCCCCCACGGCAAGAACCGGCACUCCACAGCCGGAGAUGUUCAUGAUGAUGUCCAAGGAAGAGUGGGAGGACGCCAUGAUGGACUAUCAGGAAGUGGUGGAGGAAGAACUACAGAUGGUCCAUGGCGAGCACUACACGGAGCACGACCGGGAGGAGUUCCUGGACCGUUGA